AUGAAGAUGAUAUUGUUCCGUAAAUUCAGAGUGCUGAUACUCAUGGUGUUUUUGGUAGCGUGCACCAUGCACAUCAUGAUAGACCUGUUACCCAAACUAGAGAAGCGGGCGGCGGACAGCGCGGACGGCGGCUGUCAGUGCGCCCACCACCCGGCCGCGGAGUCGCAGGGCUGGGGGAAGCAACGCGCCAUGUCCGCGGCGGAACCGGGCUGGCCUAACAAGCACACGCUGAGGAUCCUGCAGGACUUCAGCAACGAGCCGAGCUCCAACCUCACGUCGCAUUCCCUGGAAAAGAUCCCGGCGGCCGGGGACCGAGCGGAGUCCUUCAGGCGGAUGAGACCGUCAGCGGGGAAGGCGGAAGACCACAAGCCGCUCAUGGGAGACGCCGCCGGGGGUCGGACCGUCCCCGGCCGCGCUGUGUCCCGCCUGGCUGCUCUGUUUGAGCAUCCUCUUUACAAGGUGGACCUUCCUCCGCUCAGUAACGACGACUCGCUGUUCAACGUCAACACCGACAUCAAGUUGUAUCCAAAAGCAACCGGGAGCCACGGAUGGUAAGCUGAAGGAAAUGAGUACCUUCCAACGGGAGAGGUGACCGCAGAAUCUUCUCCUAACUGGUUACGCUUUCACAUCGGCAUCAACCGCUACGAGUUGUACUCCAGACACAGUCUUGCGCUGGACGCCCUCCUGAAGGACCUGGUGACCCAGAGGAUCACCAGCGUGGCCAUGAAAUCGGGAGGCACCCAGCUGAAGUUGAUCAUAACGUUCCAGAACUAUGGACAAGCUCUGUUCAAGCCCAUGAAGCAGACUCGGGAGCAGGAAACUCCUCCAGAUUUCUUCUACUUCUCCGACUUUGAGAGGCACAACGCUGAGAUUGCUGCUUUUCACUUGGACAGGAUCCUCGACUUCCGGCGAGUGCCCCCCGUGGCAGGCCGACUUGUCAACAUGACGAGGGAGAUCAGGGAUGUGACGCGGGAUAAGAAGCUGUGGAAGACCUUCUUCAUCUCACCAGCCAACAACAUCUGCUUCUACGGCGAGUGCUCGUACUACUGCUCCACUGAGCAUGCUCUGUGCGGUAAACCGGACCAGAUCGAAGGCUCGCUGGCGGCCUUCCUGCCGGACCUGAACCUGGCCAAACGCAAGACAUGGAGGAACCCCUGGAGGCGCUCCUACCACAAACGCAAGAAAGCAGAGUGGGAGGUGGACCAAGAUUACUGUGACGAGGUUAAGCAGACUCCUCCGUAUGACCGAGGCACUCGACUGCUGGAUGUCAUGGACAUGACCAUCUUUGACUUCUUAAUGGGUAACAUGGAUCGACAUCAUUAUGAAACUUUUGAGAAAUUUGGAAAUGACACCUUCAUUAUUCACCUAGACAACGGAAGAGGUUUUGGAAAGCACUCCCAUGAUGAGCUGUCCAUCCUGGUGCCUGUCAGCCAGUGCUGCAGGGUGAGGAAAUCGACGUACCUGCGUCUCCAGCUGCUGGCCAAAGAGGAGUACCAGCUGAGCUCCCUGAUGGAGGAGUCCCUGAUCCGGGACCGACUGUCCCCGAUCCUCAUCCAGCGGCACCUCCACGCCUUGGACCGCAGGCUCCGGCUGGUGCUGCAGGUCCUGGCAGGCUGCAUAGAGAAAGAAGGUUAUGGUAACGUGGUGGAGGAAGAUCUCGUCGGGGACUCGGCCACCCACAGGAGCCCAGGCCACAGGUAGUGAGGGCGACACUCUCAGGUGACCGAAACCACCAUUGACACGUGAACAAUGGACCAAGUCUG